AUGUCGACGAUUCUGCGCCAGUGGUGGCAGAACAAGACCAUGGAGCUGACCCCCAGCAGCCCCGGGACCUCGACCUCCGGCCCCCCCACCCCCCCUCCCCUCGAGUACAUUCCCCCCAUCCCCGGCCUCCUCCACUACCGCCAGAUGGGCGGGCUGGGCACGGGGGCCUUCGGCCGUGUGAUCCUGGCGCGGGACACGCGCGACAACGCGCUGGUGGCCAUCAAGCUCCUCCCCCGCGGCGACUUCAUCGCCACCUUCAAGACCUACGUCAUGCGGGAGAUCAUGCACCAGGGCUCGCUCUGGCACCCCCAUGUCGUCGCGCUGCGGGAGGUGUUCACCACGCCGCAGUACCUGGCCAUCGCCAUGGAGUACGCGGCGGGGGGGGACCUCUUCCGCCACCUGCGCCACGAGCGCCCCGCCCAGCGCCUGCCCGAGGCAGAGGCGCGCCGCGUCUUCCAGCAGCUCGUCAUCGGCCUGGACUACUGCCACACCAGGGGCGUCGCAAACAGGGACCUGAAAUUGGAGAACCUGCUCCUGUCCACGCCCUAUGGGAACGGGGCGGCACCCAGCCUGAAGAUCUGUGAUUUUGGGUACUCCAAGCAUGAGCUGAACUCCAGUGCCAAGACCGGGGUGGGGACGCCCAUCUACAUGGCACCCGAGGUCAUCUACGGCGGCAGCAAGUACAAUGCCAAGCUGGCGGAUCUCUGGUCUGUGGGUGUCAUCCUGUAUACGAUGCUUUUCGGGCAGUAUCCCUUUGCCGCGGCGCAGCCCAACGACUGCGAGUAUGCGCGCAAGAUCAUCAAGGCAGAGUACGAUGUGCCGCCGAGCGUCCCUGCCUCGGCGGACGUCCUGGAUCUCCUGGCGCGGCUGCUGGUGGCGGACCCGCGGCAGCGCAUCCCCAUCGCCGAGAUCAUGCAGCACCCCUGGUUCCUCCGCGACCUCCCCCUCGGGGCGGCCGACAUGAACAGGUUCUAUCUGGACCGCGCUCCCGUCCUCCACCCGCUCGAAAAGGACAUCGAGCAGAUGGUGGACGUGGCCUCCGGCCCCGUGUCGGCGCAGGAGGCCCCGCUGGCCUGCUCCUUCGACGGCGUGCGGCUGCUCAGCAUCCAGAUGAGCCAGGGCGGCGCGUCGCUGGGCAUGCUGGGCUCCUCCCAGCAUGGAUACCUGUCCAGCACCUCCUCGGCGCGCAUGCAGAGCACCCUGGGGUACUACGGCGCGCAGCCCAACGCCUCGCUCAUGGUGCCCUGA